CCGGAGGUGAAAGCCGGCUCUAGCCUUGCGGCAGGCCUGGGAGAAGUACCUGGGCUCCCGACACGUCACAUCGCAGGGAGUCUGGACCAGCCCAAGGCCCCAGCAUUACCUGAUGCAGUUGAUAGCCUUGGCAUGGCUUUAAACUCAGGAUCUGCGCCGAGCACUGGACCUUACUAUGAAAAUCAUGGGUACCAACCGGAACACCUCUAUCCUGCACAGCCAUCGCCCACGGCGCCCCAUGUCUACGAGGUGUAUCCGCCUCCGUACUACCCGCCAGCUGUGCCCCAGUAUGCCCCAAGAGUUCCUACACAGGCCUCGGCACCCGUCGUCCACACACAGCCCAAGUCCCCGGGGACUUGCACCUCAAAGACGAAGCGGAUACUGUGCCUCAUCCUGGUCCUGGGGGCUGUCCUGGUGGCCAUCCUGCUGAGUGGUUUCCUGCUGUGGAAAUUCUUGGAAAAGCGGUGUGCAGUGUCCGGAGUGGAGUGCGGCAACUCAGGGAUCUGCAUCAGCCCCUCGCUGUGGUGUGAUGGGGUUGUGCACUGCCCUAAUGGGGAAGAUGAGAACCGCUGUGUUCGCCUCUAUGGACCCAACUUCAUCCUUCAGGUCUACUCCUCACAGAGGAAGUCCUGGUACCCUGUGUGCCUGGAUGACUGGAGCGAGAGCUAUGCACGGGCAGCGUGCGCAGACAUGGGCUACAGGAACAGUUUUUAUUCUAGCCAAGGAAUACAGGAUGACAGUGGGGCAACCAACUUUAUGAAGCUCAACACAAGUGCCGGCAACAUCGAUCUCUAUAAAAGACUAUACCUGAGUGACAGCUGCUCCUCACAAAGCGUGGUCUCCCUGCGCUGCAUAGAGUGUGGUGUCCAAUCAUCAGGCCUGCAGAGCAGGAUUGUGGGCGGCUCCGCGGCUACGCUAGGCCAGUGGCCAUGGCAGGUCAGCCUGCAUGUGCAGGGUGUCCACGUCUGCGGAGGCUCCAUCAUCACGCCCCAGUGGAUCGUGACAGCUGCCCACUGCGUGGAAGAGCCCCUCAACAGUCCCCGGUACUGGACGGCAUUUGCAGGCAUUCUGAGGCAGUCCUUCAUGUUCUACGGAGACAGCUACCGGGUGGAAAAAGUGAUUUCACAUCCCAAUUAUGACUCCAAGACCAAGAACAACGACAUUGCUCUCUUCAAGCUGCAGACACCACUGACUUUCAAUGACAGAGUGAAGCCCGUGUGUCUGCCCAACCCUGGCAUGGUACUGGACCCUGAUCAGCAGUGCUGGAUUUCUGGGUGGGGGGCCAUCUAUGAGAAAGGAAAGACUUCAGAUGUGCUGAAUGCUGCCUGGGUGCCCCUCAUCGAGCGUUCCAAGUGCAACCACAAGUUCAUCUACAACAACCUGAUCACCUCGGCCAUGAUCUGUGCAGGGUUCCUGCAGGGCACCGUCGACUCCUGCCAGGGUGACAGUGGAGGGCCACUGGUCACGUUGAAGAAUGGCAUCUGGUGGCUGAUUGGGGACACAAGUUGGGGGUCCGGCUGUGCCAAGGCUUACAGACCUGGGGUGUACGGGAACGUGACCGUAUUCACAGACUGGAUCUACCAACAGAUGCGGGCGAACAGCUAAUCCGCAGGCUGCACCUGACAUCCAGCACAAGAACAGGAAGGGCUGACCUAAUUCCGGGCAGUGCCCUUCCCUCUAGUAAACAGUGAUUGCUGACCAUACUGGCCCUGUCCUUCGCAGGCUCUGGCACCCUCUCCCCACUGCUGUCCCUGACCCCUGCCUGGAAGUAGGGGCUGGGCCUGCCAGGUGUGGACUAGGGCUAAGUGCAGAGGACCAGUGGUGCUGAGCACUGGGUCAUCCCUCCAAACCCAUCCUAUGAGGGCCUGGAUGGUGAUCUCUCGGUGUCCAAUGGCCCGAGCAAGAAGGAGACUUGCCAGAGAGGGCCACCUCAAGGGAUGGGAAGCCUGGGGCCUGGCUCUCCAUAAGCAGUAUAGUCUGCUAAAAUUUUUGGGUCGUACUGAGGGCCUUUGCACUGAACUACAUUCCCAGCUCUUUGUAAAAAUUUUUAUUUUGAGACAAGCUCUUGCUAAAUU